UCUUGAUUGGCUAGGAUACAGGCGCUCCCCUUCUCCACCCCCUUCGACAGGGUGAGAGGUCAACUCAGUGCCAGUCUACAGGGGCGACCAUGGCGGGGCUCUGGGCUGGGAACUUAGCACUGGUCGCCACCGGACGGCGUGGGCGGUCGCCAACGAAGCAGCUGAUGCAGAGCGGGGCACUGUGGACCCUGAAGCAUGUUCCACACUGUUCAAGACAAUGCUUAAUUGUGUCCCGUACUCUCAGUUCAGUGAGACAUACUCCAGAUGAAAAAACUUUUGAUAAAAUUCUGAUUGCUAAUAGAGGAGAAAUUGCAUGUAGGGUUAUUAAGACUUGCAAGAAGAUGGGGAUUAAGACAGUUGCCAUCCACAGUGAUGUUGAUGCUAGUUCUGUUCAUGUGAAAAUGGCGGAUGAGGCCGUCUGUGUUGGCCCAGCUCCCACCAGUAAAAGCUACCUCAACAUGGAUGCCAUCAUAGACGCCAUUAGGAGAACCAGGGCCCAAGCUGUACAUCCAGGUUAUGGAUUCCUUUCAGAAAACAAAGAAUUUGCCAGGUGUUUGGCAGCAGAAGAUGUCACUUUCAUUGGGCCUGACACACAUGCUAUUCAAGCCAUGGGUGACAAGAUUGAAAGCAAAUUAUUGGCCAAGAAAGCAAAGGUUAACACAAUCCCUGGAUUUGAUGGGGUAGUAAAGGAUGCAGAUGAAGCUGUCAGAAUUGCGAGGGAAAUUGGCUACCCUGUUAUGAUCAAGGCCUCAGCAGGUGGUGGUGGGAAAGGCAUGCGCAUCGCUUGGGAUGAUGAAGAGACCAGGGAUGGUUUUAGGUUUUCAUCUCAAGAAGCAGCUUCUAGUUUUGGUGAUGACAGACUACUAAUAGAAAAAUUUAUUGAUAAUCCUCGUCAUAUAGAAAUUCAGGUUUUAGGUGAUAAACAUGGAAAUGCUUUGUGGCUUAAUGAAAGAGAGUGCUCAAUUCAGAGAAGAAAUCAGAAAGUGGUGGAGGAAGCACCAAGCAUUUUUUUGGAUCCUGAGACUCGAAGAGCUAUGGGAGAACAAGCUGUAGCCCUUGCAAAAGCAGUAAACUACUCUUCUGCAGGAACUGUGGAGUUUCUUGUUGACUCCAAAAAGAAUUUUUAUUUUCUGGAAAUGAAUACGAGACUCCAGGUUGAGCAUCCUGUCACAGAAUGCAUUACCGGCCUGGACCUAGUGCAAGAAAUGAUCCGUGUUGCUAAGGGUUACCCUCUGAGACACAGACAAGCUGAUAUUCCUAUCAACGGCUGGGCAGUGGAAUGUCGGGUUUAUGCUGAGGACCCCUACAAGUCUUUUGGUUUACCGUCUGUUGGGAGAUUGUCUCAGUACCAAGAACCUAUACAUCUACCUGGUGUCCGUGUUGACAGUGGCAUCCAACCAGGAAGUGACAUCAGCAUUUAUUAUGAUCCUAUGAUUUCUAAAUUAAUCACAUAUGGCUGUGAUAGAACUGAAGCACUGAAGAGAAUGGAGGAUGCACUGGAUAAUUAUGUUAUCCGAGGUGUAACGCAUAACAUUGCUUUACUACGAGAGGUGAUAAUCAACUCACACUUUGUAAAAGGAGAUUUCAGCACUAAAUUUCUCUCUGAAGUGUAUCCUGAUGGCUUUAAAGGACACACAUUAACAAAGAGUGAGAGAAACCAGUUAUUGGCAAUAGCAUCAUCAUUGUUUGUGGCAUCCCAGUUACGAGCACAACAUUUCCAAGGACAUUCAAGAGUUCCUGUUAUGAAACCCAGUGUGGCUAAGUGGGAGCUCUCAAUAAAGUUGCAUGAUGAAGAGCAUGCUGUUGUAACAUCACACAGUGGGUCAGCAUUCUCUGUGGAAGUUGAUGGGUCGAAACUAAAUGUGACCAGUACAUGGAACCUGGCUUUGCCCUUACUGUCUGUCAACAUUGAUGGCAUUCAGAGGACUGUGCAGUGCCUUUCUCGAGAAGCAGGUGGAAAUAUGAGUAUUCAGUUUCUUGGUACAGUGUACAAAGUGCAUGUCUUAACCAAACUCGCUGCCGAACUGAACAAAUUCAUGCUGGAGAAAGUGGCUGAAGACACAAGCAGCACUCUGUGCUCCCCGAUGCCUGGAGUGGUGGUAGCCGUCUCAGUCAAGCCUGGAGACAUGGUAGCAGAAGGUCAGGAAAUUUGUGUGAUUGAAGCCAUGAAAAUGCAGAACAGUAUGACAGCCGGGAAGACUGGCAAGGAAUCCAUUUGUCCUUUGCUGGUGAGCAGACGCAGAGUCGUGUGCUGACUUGAAUCUCCGCUGACAGAUCAUCAGAUGGAGGUGGGUAGUAAUUGGUACUUCGUGCCUUGCUAGCAUUAUUUUAAGUGCUGUUUGUAUGUGGAAGCUAAGCUUUUUGUCAGUCCUGAAGAACAAAUUACUAACGUGCCGGUUCUUCUCUGAAAGGCCUGCCUGCCAGUGCUGCGGCUUUGGAGCAGUGAUGGCCUGGUGCUGGGAUUCAGACUCAGAACAGCAUCCCCAGGAAGUCCGGGUACUCAGCUGUGUCUCCCAGCAAGUGGGUAUUCACGACCUGCUCAGUUAGAAGGAAAAGAACCUCCUAUUAGGAAAGUAUAUCAAAAAGAGGACCCCAUGUAGCACCACACAUGGGGGCUACUCUCAAAGCACCUAGUUUAAUUUCAAAUGGGCAUCGUGAACAGUUUCCGUGUGUUCUAAAAGGUAGGAAGAAUGUGCUACAUACAGUCUCAAAAGUACAAUAUGUUUUCUUGAGGCUUUUAAAAUUAUAUUUAGCUAUUCAAAAAUCAGCUUCUAUUAAAACUUUUCCUAGGCUUUUCCUGCAGGCUUGAAGGAGUACAGUCAUCUGCAAACCAACUGUGACACAGUUCUUAGCCUUUGAGUAUGCGAUAUUCAGAGUAAACCAAAGCAAAGAGAAGAAUGAGAAGUAUACUCUGUGAGUCCCCUCAAUGCCCUUUAGGCAAAAUUAGCAUUUGAAGGUUUUUUUAAACGAAUACUCCCAACCCCACAGACACCAGAGCUCUAACCCACCAUGCUGCAGGCCUCACUACAGAGGCGGAGAGGAUGUGAGGCAUGAGGCCCCACCUAACUGCAGUGUAGGUUCAGCAUCACGGAAAGAGUUCUGCUUUCCAGAUGGGAGUUUUACAACUGAGGCACUUGUCUGCUUUUGCACUGGCGUCUCUGGGCUGAGCCAAGGAGACAAGGCAGCUGCAGGUCCCCUCUGGCCUUGCUGCUGCCACCAACCCUUCUCACCUGUUCUCCCGGGGGUUGUAGCGCAGCCCAUGUGGGCCCUCCGAGUCGUAGCUGUCAUGGUAGGGGAGGUGGACCCACUCGGGUGCAUAGGUGGCCGUGCUGUACAUGAAGCAUUGCACGCUGUCCCCAGGGCUGUCCUCACCCUUCCAUUCAAGCACCGCCACCUGCACGGCAGUGCGCUGGUACAUGUUAGGGCAGCCCUCGAAGUCAUCCAGGAAGUGCAGCAUCUGUUCAUCCACUGUGUAGAUCUCACCUGCCACACAGUGGCCCCAGCCCGGGAGGUGGAGCAGCCGGGGGAUGUUGUGCUCGCCAGCGAUCACCAGUGGGUAGGGCUCAGCUGUGUGGCCCCGGCCCCGGAAGGUCGCGGAGCCGUGUGCAGCAUUCAGCAGGACCUCAUGGUUGGGUUGGCCUUGUUUCAGGGUGCCAUACACGAAAACGAGAGCCAUUUGGCUGGGGGGCUGGAGGGAGAGAUGAGAGUGGGUGGAACUGCCUGGACUGCCCGAGGGUGUAUUUGCCAGGCUUGCUGACUGGUCCUCCUCCCACCUACUGCUGGCUGUAGGUAAGCAAGUGAAUAUGAGAGUGUCCUGAUUAAACUUGCUUUACAAACACAAAUUAGAAAUCCAUACAAUUCACGUCAUGAGAUACUUUGAUUUUUUUUGUUAGUCAAUUAAAAAUGUAUAAGGCAGGCAUGGUGGUGCACACCUGUAAUGCUGGCACAUUGUGAGGCUGAGGCAGGAGAAUCACAAGUGCCAGCCCAGCCUGGACAACUUAGUAAUUUAUCAGGAUUCUGUCUUCAAAAUAAAAAAAUAAUUUUUUAAAGGCUGGGGCUAUAGCUCAGUGCACAGGACCUAGGUUCAAUCCCCAGUGCAAAAGGAAAACAAAAAACAAAAAAAAAAAAAGGAGGAAAGGCAGCAGGAUGGAAAAGAAGCCAUUCUUAGCUUGUGGGCUGUCAGAAAAUAGACAACAAGUCAGACUAACCUGUAGCUGUCAAUCCUUCAUGUAAACAAAGGGUAAAUAUUUGAGACUCUAAAACUUUCCACAUAUUUGAGGGGACUUGGUAGUGGCUCUGUUUUCCACUUUGGGGCCUAGUGACACAACAACAAUACUCAAGAGCCCUAGGACACCUGUUUGUGUGGCAGGAGACAGGGCACAUCAGCCACCUGUGCCACUUGGACAGACAGGCCCCCUCUCAGAAGUGCUUGCUGAAGGUGGCCACCGACCAGGGCCUCACAGAGGCCCUUGUGGUGACAGCCCUCAUAGCUCUGACAGGAGCUGCAAUGGGGCUUCCUUGGCUGCCUGCUGCAUUCAGAAGGCCUCGCUGAGCUUCUGCCUGCUCCUCUCAGGAGCAAAGGUGUAAGCUGGUGACCACCAUGGACAUCUUCACACCUGUGCCUCCCCAGCCCUGCCUGGACCCGAGUGGAGCAGACACUAUGUGCUGGGCACCGAGGGAGUUGCAGGGCCCUUUAGAGAAUAUCUGGGAAAGGACUCUCAUCAAGAAUACAGCCACUUAUCACAGGAGGACAGCCUGCCCGGGCUGCCCUGCCUAACUGCAGCUUCUCAAGUAGUUCCAGUCUUUUAAAAAGAACUUUGAAAUGUGUACUGUUAACACCAUAGAAAAGCGAGGGGCAGCACUGAGCAAACACACAUGUAAAAUAAUCACCUGGAUGCCAGCUGCCAAAGAGAACACGGCUUUCAGGGCUACACUCACAUUCUGGCCCUGGCAGUCUGCACUGGCAAAAUUCUAAUGGUGGCACUUGUCCCAUGUCCUUCCUCAAGGGCUUAGAGGGUGACGAUGCUUCAGGUGACUCACUGUGACUCACAGCAGCAGCCCUGGCUUCUCAAGAAGGUAAAAUCUACUCUCGCCUGAGUCUGGGCCAUGGACAGUUAUAUAACAACAAAAAUGACUCAAGCAAAGCGGGAGAAGGACCAGGGCCUCCUGCAAAGCUCUGUGCUUCACUGCCCUCUAUCCAGCACUAUUUAGUGACAGCUGCUGGCAGCCUUCUUGGGAACAGACCAGAGAUGGAACUGCGGGGCAAGAGAAUUAAACAGGGCCGGGGGCUGUGGUUCAGAUGGAAGGCACCUACCAGCAGGUGUGGCCCUGGCACUGCAAAAGACAGAACCCAAGAAGGUGCAUCCAGGAAAUCUGUGAAGUGCUGUCUGAAAAAACCGAAAUUCCCUACCCUCCUCACUCAGCGGCAGCACUAUGAAGUUGCUCUCCUCACUGUCCCUUCCACUGCUAUUUCUCUGUGGUUUAAAUUGCCAUCCAUUGCAGGCAGAGCAGUUUAAAGCAGACCUCAGAACCAAACUGCCUGCUGAAGCCCUGGCUCGAAGGCUUUGCUUAUCCUGGGUGAUUUCAGGCAAACCACUGCAUCUCUGCGCUACUGCUUCAGCAACUGGAAGCUGAACGACGAAGUGCAGGGCUGUGGUGAGGGCUGUGGCCAGGGCUGAGCGGCCAUGUCUACCCCGAUGUUGUGUCACCACUGCAGCCAACGCUUGUGCUCCACCUGCCCCACCACUUACCAGGAGAUGCUACCAGUUUGGUCAAAUCCAUAUUCAUUUCAGUGUUAGAUCUAUUUAAACACUGCUGCUCUCAGGAAGACACAGUGUUCUUUUUCUUGGAGUUAAAACUGUUUUGGACUUGUUUUGCUCUGGUGUCCACUCGGUGCCAGGUGGCCAUCCCGCAUCACCUUCCUGGUGCUAGUCCCACACUUUCUGGGCACAGGUGGCCCUUCUGCUCCCCAUGCUGGAGUUUGUCCCUUUCGUGCUAUCCUUCAUUUUGCCGAAGCCUACUUUCCACCUGGGGGUAGUAACGUGGUGAGCCUGAAGGAUUCUAGUAAGUGUUCCCCUCUGCCUUUCAGUCUCCUGGGUUCCUGCUGAGAAGUCCAGUGCCAAUACAGAGACUGUGCUUCGUAUGUGACUUGCACUUCUCCCUCAGAAGGCCAGGGGGCCCUUCCCCAUCCCAGAGACUCCAAAGGUUAUGAGGAGGUGGACGCAAGUGUGUUUUCUUUUGCAUUCUUUGUGCUGGGAAUUUCAGCCCAAACAGGGAGGGACCCUAAGGGUUGGUCAGCAGGUAACAGCCUGUGUCAGUAUGCAUUGCUUCCCUCAAUCCCGUGCCCCUCACAGCCACCCAAAGCACGGUGGGCUGACGUCCCAGUGGCUUCUCAAACUGAAACCGCAGGAACUGACUUCAGGCUCUGGGGUUGCCAGGCUGCUAAGUCAAAUACCACUGGCUUGUGUUUUCUAGUUUUCACACUGCUGUUGCCUGCUCUCCUCAUCUGUCUCCACAGGAUUCCUAAGCAGUUAGUCUGUUUUGUGUUACUGUAAUGUAAGUUUACAGAAAGAGGUUUAUUUAGCUCAGUCUUGGUGGUUCAGGGCUCACGCCUGGAUGGCCCGGCCGGCAGUCCCCACGCACCAUGCUGCAGGGACAGGUGCUCUUUCCCUCUCACAAAGCCAGCAGGUUUCAGUCAUGGAAGCCACCUGAUGACUAGUGACACCAGGAAAUGCGAGAUACAACACCAAAAUCACAAACAACAUUAAAAAUAACUUGGACCACAAUGAAUUUUAAAAUGUCUGCAUAUUAAGGAGUACAAUCAGCACAACCAGUAGGAGGAAGUAAGUGCAAAUCCUGCAGUGUAUCUGAAACUAUGUAAAAACCAAAAACAACAAAAACAGUCCUGAGCAAAGGACUUGAAAGUGUGUUUCAAGAAAAGAUGCUCAAGGCCACCAAAUAUUAGGGAUAUGGAACUCAAAACCACAGUGAAAUGCCAUCUCAACUGGAUAAGGACGGCCACUUUCAGAACAACAAAUUGCACAACACACAGUGGUGAGCAUGGGCAGAACCUGGAACCCCGUGCUGGUGGUGGGAGUGGAAACUGGCACAGUAACGACAGAAGACCAUGGGAGUUUCUCAUAGAAGUAACCUGGGUCCAGUUUACUGUGAGCUUUGUAUAUCUGGUCUUUACUAUGUUGAAGCAAUUUCUUUCCAUUCCUGUUUAAGUGCUCUUCCUAUGAAAUAGAGAUGACUGUGUUUUUUUAUUCUGUUAUCCAA